AAAAAUUAUAUGGCAGACCAUGCAUUUAAUUGAAUUGCGUUACCUUAAACGGAAAUUGAAACAUGACCCUGAAACUUGAUGCGAUGACGAUAAGGUUGCAGUUCUGAACACAGUUUUUGGUAUCAAACGAGAAAGAGAAAGUGCGAAAUGGCUCGUAAAAUGGCUGGCACAAUGGCAUCAAGCAAGUUUUGCGCAGUGUUCCUCCUGUUGGCGAUAUUUUUUCCUGCGUCCUUGAAAGCCAGCUCCUGUUUCACCAGAAAAACACCAAACAUCAGAGCGGAUCAUCUGUUCCACAAAAAGACAAAGCCAGUUAUUCUUGGUCAUAGGGGAAAUCCAAAGAAGUUCCAAGAGAACACAAUAGAAGGUUUCAAAAGUCUUGUGGACCUUGGAGCAGAUGGAUUGGAAGUUGAUGUCUACCUCACAGACCGUGACCAGCUUGUUCUUUUUCAUGAUGACAACGCUAUGAAACUAACUGGUACUGACAAAUUAAUUUGGGAAAUGACGCCAAGUGAAAUACAGAACUUAACGUACAAACAGAGCCUCACUUACGGUAAAAUGACGUAUAAUUAUGCAAAACGACUUAAAGUUGGACUGCUUGAAGAUCUUUUGAAUGCAACAAAGGAUUCAGACUUGCUAAUUUACAUUGAGAUGAAACCGAGCAAAACAGUUUACGAUAACAUAAAUGCUGAUACAGAGCGCAGUAGGAGGACAGUAAAGGCAGUGAUAGACAUGGUCACCAGAUUAGGCCUGGAGAAAAAAGUCUUUUUAGCCUCCCUUGAUUACCGAAAAGCCCUUUUGGCCAAACAAAUGAAUCCAAACAUCGUGGUUGGCUCAUUUUACCUGGAAAGUUAUUGGAGCAAGAACACCAAAUGGUAUCAAGAUUUUAAAAACCAGUUGAAAACAUUUCCUGGCCUCAAUACAUGCCUAGACGCGCUGCCUGCCGACAGAACACUAAUGGACACCCUUUUCAAGAGAGGCAGCAUUUUUAAGUCAAUAAACGCGUCCUUCAUCGAUUUACAGUUUUCAAUCUACAGCAACAAAAACAUAACGAAUAACGCUUUCAAGAUAUUUCGAGAUAACUACAACUUGAUAAUGAGUGCCGGAGCGUCGACAAUUUACGACAUGAAACUAAAUGCAGCUGAAACCGACGCGUCAGAGUCUCGUGUGCAAUAUUUGAUUGAUCAAAGAGCCGAGAGACUGGCAACAGAUGACGUAACAAGGUUGAGGAAGAAACUAGGCCGGGGUGUGAAGAGUGGUCAGGCCGAGAUGAAGAAGACAUCAGCAUUAUUUUUGGUGUUGGCUUUGUUUUCUGUUACUUUCUACUACUUUUGAAAGAUAAGCAGCAUCUACAACGAAACUUUCUUAAAACUGUUUUAUUUCUAAACUUGAUUUUGACAUGGGAAAAUAGCUCAUAAAGACUGACUCAAUAUUGCUAUUCUGUCGUGGUUUGUCCAAAUUGCUUUCUAAUUUGUUAAUCAUAAAAAACUUUAACUUUAACUUUUCCAUCAAUCUUAUCAAUGAAUUGGUGAUAAAUGUUUAGUAGAAUCAGUUAACAAAUGCAUGAAUAUGUCGGAUUUGACUAAAAAUUGCAGAUUGAUUGAUUGAUGAAUUAACUAUUUUGGUAUGUCAUCUAUUGAAUGAUUGAUAACCUAUCAUUUGAACAUGAAAAACACUUAAUGUACAAUAAAAAUCAGCACAUCCAAUGGGUGGAUUCUUGUGAGCCUAUAUAGUACUACACUACGUUGAUAUGAGUUCUUUGGUCGAUCGAAGAUGUUCUUAUCUGUCGAGAUCUCAUUCCACUGGAUCUGGAAGCUGAUAUGGCCUGAGUAUUGAGCGAAUUCAGAGCAACUACGAGCUUCCAGUUUAAAAAGCAGGCAUUACCUGUAAAAUGCAAGCUUAAGUUGGUAUUUUCUGCAAUCAACCAUCCAGAGAGCACCUGACAUUGUCCCUGCCUAUUUGCUAUUUCAUAUUGCAAUUUCAAAAGCAGAAAGUCUAUUUUGAAGAAGUUUGUUGGCAUUUUUGUUUCAGAAAAACUACCUAAUGACGUUCUCACAGCACAUCAGAUUUCCAAUAAAAUAACUAAAUUACUUUUCAUGGGAAGUGGUUGGUGCAAAUUUCUCAACCUACAAUGAGAAACUUCCCAUUUUCACUUAUUUUGGGCAGGGGAAAAACCCUUUUACAAUUACGAGGAAAUACACCAGUUCUACGUAAAAGCAUCAAACCUAAAAUAGAUUGUGAUAUUAAAGCAGGGCAUCUUUUAAGCAGGGAUUUUUUGUAGUGGUGCCGCAUUUUUCAAAAGGGCCUACGCUCACCUCAAGAAAUUUUACAGAAUAUCCUGACUUGUUGCAAGGACUAGCUGGGUUGGUCUACACAUAUAUCUUAAAGAUAACUAUCUGGUUAAGAUGUGUUAUUACCAAGGACAUAGACUAAAAGAAGUUAACAACUUGGUUUUGCUUGUGGAUUCAAAAUUUUUGCGUUGUUUGCAAUUCAGUAGAUUUAGCAAAAUGUUCAUGACAAUUGACAUUAUGGUCACGCUUGCUUCAGUGUCAGUUUCAUAUUUUGAAAUUCCACUACACACACCUUCAAUUGAAGCUACAUAUACAUAUACAAAAAAGAAAUGACAGAGAAACUAAACUAAAUGGAAACUAAAUGGAAAAGAAAGUGUAUGGAUGGGAAUUUCUUAAGGAGGAACUCUCUCAAUAGGUAACCUAAUCGAGGAGAGAGCACCCCCUUUAGCCAUACUUUGUAAAAAAAGAAAUCACCACAGUAACGCAAUGACCUAAUUCCAUAUUACAUAGUGACGCUGUUUCCAUACUGAGUUUUUAUUUAGGAUUGAGGAUCUAGGCUUAAAGAAUUAACAUGAAGUCUCUUCAAAGCGACCCUCUGCCAUUCUUCUAAUGCUUCUUACAUCUUUGAUUAAAACUUUUCCAGUGAAGAAUCUGAAAGAACUCCCUACUGAAGGCAUAGCAUUUGCAUUAAGUUUAUUCUUUCGAAAGGGCCUCACAGUGGCCUAGAUUUUGGGCAAAAGAAGCAUUUUGCUCGUCAGUGGUGGGGGAAAUUGUAGGGCCUGUCUGGUGGGCGAUUCCCCCACCACAGAGUAUAUUAAACAAUGCCCUGUAUUAAAGGGUACGGGAAGCUUUGAAGCUACAUAGAAGAAACUCAAACUUUGAGGGUUAUACCAAGGGACGCAAAUAUUUGUUUAAAGAAACAAAGUAAGGGUGGUGGGAAUGAUGAUUAACGAACAGCAGGCGAAUAAUGAGACAAUUCGGAAUCCUUGAAUACCAUUACUUGAACCAAGGGAAUAAAGAGGUCAUGAAGCCACACUCCUUACCCUGGUUUUUUAUCAACAAUGAGCAUAUUUGGGUUUUGAUGAGGUUGAUCCACAUGUGACCAGUAAGCAGUGCAUAGAGGAAUUUUUUAGUUUCUUCUUUAAUUUAUGUUUUGACAUUGCAUUAUAUCCUCAAUAAGCUUGCAAAAACAUCAGGCUAUAUCUCAAAUUAAACAUAAUACACAAUGCAGAAGCAUCUAAGCUCUCCUUUUUA